AUGGCCCUAUACCCCCCCCGAGGAGGCCCAGCUACAGAGGAGACAGCAGCAGCUGGCGUUGCUGCUGCUGCUGGUGUCCUUGCUGCAGCAGCAGCUGGCGUUGCUGCUGCAGCUGGUGUUCUUGCUGCAGCAGCAGCGGGCGUUGCUGCUGGUGUUCUUGCUGCAGCAGCAGCGGGCGUGUUCUUGCUGCAGCAGCAGCGGGCGUUGCUGCUGGUGUUCUUGCUGCAGCAGCAGCGGGCGUUGCUGCUGCAGCUGCGGUUCUUGCUGCAACAGCAGCGGGCGUUGCUGCUGCUGCUGGGGUUCUUGCUGCAGCAGCAGCGGGCGUUGCGGCUGCAGCUGCGGUUCUUGCUGCAGCAGCAGCUGGCGUUGCUGCUGCAGCUGGGGUUCUUGCUGCAGCAGCAGCUGGCGUUGCUGCUGCAGCUGGGGUUCUUGCUGCAGCAGCAGCGGGCGUUGCUGCUGCAGCUGGGGUCCUUGCUGCAGCGGCAGUCGUUGCUGCUGCUGCUGGAGUUCUUGCUGCAGCAGCAGCUGUCGCUGCUGCUGCUGCUGGGGUUCUUGCUGCAGCAGCAGCUGUCGUUGCUGCUGCUGGUGUUCUUGCUGCAGCAGCAGCUGGCGUUGCUGCUGCAGCUGGUGUUCUUGCUGCAGCAGCAACUGCUGGUGAUGCUGCUGCAGUAG